UGUGAAAGGAAAGAAACAAGAAAUACAACAAUAACCGAUUCUAAUUAUCCUAAUGAAUAAUUCUGGUUUAUCUUCUCCCACUUUUGCAGUUUACAAAACAAAGUAACACCUUGGUACAAACAAACAUACACAAACCAAGAGCAGCAGGAUGAGAAUACUUGUAACUAAUUAAUGAAUUAUACAGACACUGCAGUAUAGAAUGUUAAUUAUAAAAAAUAAGUUGUCAGGAUUUUUAAAAGCACAAAAUAAGAAAGUGUUGGAUUGCACAAUAACACAAAAAAUAGUAUUGCUUUUAUGUUCUAAAAAAAAAAGCAUUGAGGAAAAACAGAGAGCUCUUAUAAUAAAGGGCUUCAUCAGAACAUAGACAGAGUUGGGCUGACUUCAGGCUAUAUUAGGAAGAAAUAGCAUUUGAGCAUGACUUCACAACCUUGAGAAUGUCCUUUCUAGUAUAAUUUUGGUAGCUGAUCAUGUGAACACUAUGUGCACAUGUUUGUACAUAAACACCAUGUUAAGACAUUUAAGACAUGGGCAAUACUUUAUCAUUCUAUUAUUAUUUUGAAAGUGUACUUAGGAGCUUCUUUCAAGAUCUAUGUUCAUAUGAAAACUCAACAAAUUAUUACUAGACUGAUAUUCAACUUACUCCUACAUUUGUUGUUUCAAUUUAAAAUAACAAGAAACUUUAGGAAAAUGGAAAAUAAAAAGCCAUUGCUUCAUGAUUUAGAAGUCUCUCACAUUUCUGUAAAAAGAUUAAUUUUUAGUUAUAUGUACAAAGACAAAAACAGAAAUUUGAAGCAUUUCUGUACUUUUGCAAUUUCUCAUCUAAGCACAGGCAGUUUCUAGCUAAUUUUAAGACAUUCAGCACUUAAACAAAUAAUUACUUUUAGUUUUUAAUACAUUAAAUUUAAGAGUUGGUUUUAACUCCUCACAAAACUCAUAUAUAUACAAAUUCAUCCAUUCUUUCUUUGGGACAGAUUCUGAAUAAAACCAGCUAUCUAUAUAAGUUCUCAUUGAACAAGUUUCUUUCUUGUAUGACGGUAAAAUAAGAUUAUUGCUGAAACUGGCUGCCUGUUCUUUAAAUUUUAUUGCUGCAGGGUCAAGCCUUACCAUGAAUGCUUAAAGAAAUCCCAUUUUUAAGCUUUUGGCAGUUAAUAAACUCUAGUGUUUCUCAGUGGUGCCGAAGCCGGGUGUCGCGGAGGGCUGGACGUGCUCGCUCUCCCCACGGUCAGUUCUGCACUGAGGUGCACAUCGAGGUGCUGCUCUUGUUGGUAACACACAAAUACAAAGUUUCAGUGCUGAUAUCACCUCAGCAGCAAUGGGAAAAAUGGCCCAAAUCUGGGAUUUUCAGCACACUUUCUGGUAGGCAGUGGCCGUGCAUAUUCCAUAUAAGAAGGAAAGUGUGCACAAUGCUUUAGGUGUCCUGAAAGACAAUUUCUCUUCAUUCUUGACUCUUCACCAAAUACUGAUCUGAAAGCCUAUUCUUUCCCCUGUAAAAGGCAUUUUCCUUAUGGAAAUCUCCUAACUGAGCAAAGUUUAGAGCAGUUUUGGGAUUGUUUCCCAUCUCUGUAAAUCUGACCAUAGGGGUCUCUUGAAAGAGAAUUGCUAAGAAUUUCCAACUGGACUAUGUAAUCACAGCGCCUGGUAUCAAGAGGAGGGGGAGUGACAUGAAAUCACUGACUUGUGACAUACAUUCCUCAGCAACAGCAGCUGCUGCCUAAUGACAGCUAAUAAAGGGAAUCUUCCCUUGACAGAGCUGCAUGCCUGCAGUGGGACUGGAAUGUGCCCAAGAUAAACCCACUGAUAACCUAGGAAGCUGGGAUCACCCAAAGAGUAUAAAAGACAAGCUUCAGAAGAGAGACAACAGGACAAGGAAGAAAGAGACUUGAAGGGACAUCUCAGAAGAAACAGCUUGAACUUCCCUACUCCCAACGAAGUCAGUGCCAUGGACACUAAAGGCUCAUUUUUCUAUGGCUUCCUUUUGCUGCUGCUCAUCCAGCUCCAGCCCAGCAGAGCCAACCCUAUCUACAGCCUCAGCCCUGCCAAAGAACUGGCCAGCAUGGAGGCUCUGCUGGAAAGACUGGAGGAUAAGUUUGCAAUGAUGGAAGCCCUGGAGUCCAACCCCGACCUGCAAGAACCCAAAACCCAGGAGGAGAUCCUGUCGGAACUUGCUGAUGAUGGUGACAACCAGAAGGCUGAACCCAGGCUUGCACCCAACACCCCCCUGUCCUACAGGGACCCCUUCCUCAAGAGACUGAGGGGGCUGCAGAUGCCCAGGAUGAUGAGAGAUUCUGGCUGUUUUGGGAGGAGGAUUGAUCGGAUCGGCUCCCUCAGUGGGAUGGGCUGCAAUGGUGAGUCCUGGCUAAGCCAUUCCACUGACCAGCACAGAGCGUGUCCCUACUGUGUCACAGGGGAGGAGCUUCUCAUUAAAGUCUUUAAGAUACAGUUUCAGAAUGGAAUUAAUUUGAGCCUAGUAUUUAAGCUAGUGUUGGUUUUUCAAAAGCAUUGCUGAUAGUGGUGACACGUACCAAGACAAAACCAGAUUCUAGUAACAUUUGUUUCAUGUUUGGUUUGCAGGUUCCCGGAGAAAUUAGGAUCAACCUCCCUAGAGCCUGCUCUGAAGAAUGCUUUACAGUACCCCUUCCUCCCAAGAUGAAAGCCAGAUGCUUUCCAAGCUCCUCAACAGAAAGUUAUUCCUAUUUUUAUUUAUUUAUUUAUUUAUUUAUUUGAUGUUUUUUAAAGAACAUUUCUUACGUUAGCACUGACAGACCAUCUUUAAAUAAAACUAACACAUUAGACAUCUGUGCUGGACCUCUCUCCUGUCUGUUGCAUUAAAUUUUCUUGUAUUUGCCUAAAGUCAAAAUCUUAAGUUUUAUUGAUAUUCUGGUACCCACAAGCCUGGAUCUUACUUACAUGAGACAGAGAAAAUUUAGAAAAAAUGAAAAUGAGUUUUUGACUAGAGGCUUUUCCUCUGCAGUAAGAAAUGCUAAUAGGUUAGCAGGAAAAAACAAAAACUUGCAUAACAUUGAAAGAUCAUUAUGAGUCCUCAUAUAGACAGGGUUUCAGUGAUAAGAGAGUCCUUUUGCUGGUUUAAAUUAUUUAGUCAUGGGAACUGCCACAAAUGCCUCAAGUAAGCAAAAGUUACAUGAAAAGAAAUAAAUAAAAUCAUAACACUUGACAAGUUUCAAGAUAACCAGAGGGAGGAAAGGGAAUUCAUUGUAUAUGCUUUCUAGCAGUGACCCAAUAAAGGUUACGAGCAUCAACACAAAGAUCCAUCCUUAACUGUGUCUUGUCUCACUCUGCACCUGGCUGAGAUGCUGAUUCCCAGAAUUUCUCAAAGGUUUGAAUAUUAUCAUGAUAUUCCUCAUGAGAGGGUAGGUGGGAUCACUGAACUACACAGCAGCUUGGAUGGAGCAUUUAUCCCUUUCUGGGAGUGGCCCCUUGCAAAGUUGUUCUAACAAGGCUAAUGGGAAUACUGGAAGUCUGAUUAAUUUUUAUUUAACCUUGCUAGAUUUCACACCUAGGAGCUGAAUUUGACUCAAAACAUAUUCUAGCACCCAACCAAAGAAGGAAAUAUUGCCAAAACCACAUUCAGUCAGCAUCCCAAAAAGAGCUUGGAUCCCCAUGUGAGCAAUGGCAUCAAGCCCAGCUCAACACAACUGUCCUGUGGUUGACUGCAUGUACUGCUAGGAACUGUGUUAUUUUGAGCACCUCAUGAGUCUCAUUCCCAGAAUCUCAGUGCCUUCCCAUGGAGCUGAGUACCCUGAGAAGCUUGUUCAGGGCUUAAGAAAGCAGCACCAGGACAGACCCAGCUGGAACAGUCCAAUUCUGACUUUGCUUAUGCAAAUGCACAUGGCGACAGAAACAGUCCCUGGUGAGGAUAAGGAAUUGGAAGGCAGGUGUUCCAGAGCUGCUGACAACAGCUCUCAGGGGCCACAGCUCCAGGGAAAGGGUAAAUUCAAGCACACACCCCUCCUUGCACAAGGCCAGGCACAGCUAAGGGUGCUGCAACACUUUGAUAGGGCUCAUGUCACACAUCACAUUUGUGACAAGCCCCCUCCCAGUCACUCCCUGCAGUGCUGACAUGGCCUCCAAGUGGGAUCUGUGUGCUCCUCUCCACACUGGGUCUUGUGAUUCUUUCCUAGGGAAGAAGGGCAGAAGUCCAAUCUGAGGGACUAAUUUUGGUACACUCCAACAGGAAACCACAGUGUGAUACAAAUCCUCUCCUUUCAGCAGCACCAGCUACAGAUAAAAUAUUUUGGGGAAUAGUGUCCACACAGGUUUCCCUGACAGAAGAAUAAAUUCUCAGACUAAGUUUCCCAGCACCAUCCAUGGACAUCUCUGCAGUGAAAGGUACAGUGACUUUGCAUUUACUCAAUUUCACAGAUCAUGGGGGUGACUUGGGAGCCCUCGGGGGGACAAUGGGGCUUUGUAUUCUUAAGAGGCUUUCCAAACACACCCACUGCAGCACCAUGCAGGAGGAUCCCUCCACACCAGCAAUGGGCAACAGCCUGACUUCCCCUGUGCUGCUGAAAGUAAAAACAAUUCAUGUACUCUAGUAACAGCUCUUGCUGGAGCUGAAUUUUACCCAGUCAAGCACAACUUGCACAGACACUGUAAAUUGUCCCUCCCUGUCAGUCCCUCAAGGCACAAACCACUGAUUAGUUCAGUGGAAUGUGCUAAAAAUGGCAAGAAGAGGCAAUGCUUCCUGACCUAAAGCCAGGUGGGUCCAGUAUUAGCAGCAAGCCAGUUCCUGGUGGAACAAGUCUGUAUUAGCUUGCAGACAGUAAGUUAAUAGACCCUGCAGUCUGGGAGAACCUAAUUGAGGGUAAGCAAUCGAGGAAAAAAGCAUCUCUGACUGGAUUUUUACUGCUACUCCCAUACACACACUGAGCUGUAAAGCACCCUCAGGGAAAUCUUGCAGCCAGGUCAGAAUAGUGCUGCACUCAGAAGGAAGCACUGGGAAAAGCUGAAUGGGAGAAACUCGACACUGAUCAGCUCUGCAGGCAGAGAACAUCACCCCCAAGGAUGGAAAAAGCUGCCACUGAUGCUGUGAGUGCUGGAUCAGAGAGAGCAGGGAACAAUCUUGUGGACAGCCAUCAUGCAAAUGAAGAAAUAUCCCAGUGGGACCAGAGAAGGACCAGGCUAACACCCUCCACACAGCUGUAAUGACAUUUGCCACCUCCUGCCCUGCCAGACUUCAUUCUAACUUCUGAACAGUGCUUGGCAGUACUCAUUAUUGGCCAUGGAUAAUUCAGCAGCUUGCU